GUUUUGCAGGUUGGAGCAUUAAGGAAAAUGUCAGCAUUAUUACAUGAUUUCAGUAUUUCUUCUUAUCUGCUUAUCUUAGUCCUCUGCUCUCUAGUACAAAUCAUUGAAGCACAAAGUUACAGUCGUCUUCUUCCUCAACAAGAAAAGAAUGCUCUAAAAGAAAUAGCGGAGCAGAUGGAUAAAAAGGACUGGGAUUUUGAUUUGAAUCCUUGUGAUGGCAAUACAAAUUGGACUACACCAAAAAUUGACAAGAUAUCGAUGUAUGUCAACAAUGUAACCUGCAAUUGCUCUACCCCUGAUGGUUUCUGUCAUGUACAAAGCAUGUGAGACUUCUUCCUUAAAAAUUUGGUUCUUCUUAUUUGCCCCCA